GCAAGCCCAGUUCUCAGGACCUUAGCGGAAGAAAGGCUGGGGAGGGGCACCCGAGACGAUGAAGCGGGGCGUUCGACGGACUCCUUUCCGGAAGCGGAAGCUUAGUGGGCGGGCCAAGGGGGGCCGGGAGCUCACGGCGGUUAAUUCUAUUUACCGUGCGGCUUCGCUUCCCUACGUCUACGCUCUGAGGCGGCGAGAGAUGGUCAGGUCUGGAUCUCGACCGGGCCAGGUAGUAUCUUCAGGAAGGCAUGCUGGACCUGUUAAAAUAACAAAUGGAAAGAAAAGGACUCAGUUAAGAAAAAUAUCACGUUUUAACGUAGAUUCUGGCCAUCCCAUCCAUUCUGAUUCAGAAAGUCAGACUGGAACCGAACAGGGACUUGAUGGUUGUGUUUCUUUGCUGCGGGACAUUUUGAGAAAUGAAGAUUCAGGUUCAGAAACAGCUUAUUCAGAAAAUAGACCAACUUCCAGACCUUUAGAAGGCAAAAGAUACAGAUCUAAAAAGAAAGGACAAGAGAAACAUACUAUUUCUUCAGUAGUUCAGAAAAAAAUAUUAUCUUCAGAUAAUAAGAAACAGAUACCUAAUGAAGCUUCUGCUGGAAAUAAAAGAGAAACAUCAGACAUAGCACAAAACUGGUCAUUGCAAGAUCAUUAUAGAAUGUAUUCACCCAUAAUAUACCAAGCCCUCUGUGAGCAUGUGCAGACUCAAAUGUCACUGAUGAAUAACUUGGCUUCAAAGAACAACCCUAAUGGAAUUCCUUCUGUAUCUUGCCAUUCUGUGUCUGGUUCUGAGUCUCAGGCAACUGUACAAUCUAAUUAUGGCUGUUGUACUUCUACACCUGUCUGGUCACCUCAGUGGCCAUCCUGCCCUCCAGUGAUUCAUUCUGAAGUUCACACUGAUUAUGACAACCAGUUUGCAUCACAAGGUAAAACAAUUUCUGUGAACUGUACUGAUGUCCUAAGGAAUUCGUCUAAUACCAGUUCUGGAGUUUCAUGUAGCCUUCCUAAAACCGAGAAAUCAGCUGUUUCAGCAUUUCAGCAGCUAGGUCCGGCUAAUGGGAUCCUGCCACAACAAGGAGUUGCUAAGGAAGCAGACCUAAUAAAGUAUUUUCAAACAUAUAUGUCUCUGUUUCAAUGUCAUGGAAAGGAAACUCAUCUGGACAGUCAGACACACCAAAGCCCCACUCGAUCACAGCCAGCCUUUCUGGCCGCCGAUGAAGGAAAAUGUACCAGAGAACAAAUUGGAGAUGCCACAAGUGAAGGAAAGAAUUUAAACGUCCAUAUGCGAGAUACGAAAAUAGUCAAGGAUAUACAGAAGGCAAAAAAUGUGAAGCAGACUGCCGAAAAAGUUAGAACUAUGAAAUAUUUGUUGGGAGAGCUCAAGGCCCUAGUAGCAGAACAAGAAGAUUCAGAGAUUCAGAGGUUGGUUACAGAAGUGGAGGCAUGUAUAACUAUGCUUCCAGCAGUUAGUGGGAACACAGAUAUUCAAGUAGAAAUAGCAUUGGCCAUGCAACCAUUGCGAAGUGAAAAUGCUCAGUUACGGAGGCAGUUGAGAAUUUUGAGCCAGCAACUUAGAGAACAAGAAAAAACUCAUAAGGCAUCUGGUUCUCUGGAAUCUAACCUUGAAUUGUUUUCUCUUCAGUCAUUGAAUAUGUCACUGCAAAAUCAGUUACAGGAGUCACUAAAGAGUCAGGAAUUACUGCAGAGUAAAAAUGAAGAGCUCUUAAAAGUCAUUGAAAAUCAGAAAGAUGAAAACAAAAAAUUUACGAGUAUAUUUAAAGACAAAGAUCAAACUAUACUUGAACAUAAACAACAAUUUGACAUCGAGAUAACAAGAGUUAAAAUAGAAUUGGAAGAAGCCUUAGUGAAUGUGAAAAACUCCCAGUUUAAGUUAGAAACUGCUGAAAAGGAAAAUCAGAUAUUGGGAAUAACGUUACGUCAGCGUGAUGCUGAGGUGACUCGACUGAGAGAAUUAACCAGAACUUUACAGAACAGUAUGGCAAAGCUUCUGGCAGAUCUUAGUGUGGACAGUGCUCGCUGUAAGCAUGGAAAUAACCUUACCAAAUCUCUUCUCAACAUUUAUGAUAAACAACUUCAACAUGACCCAGCUCCUGCUCACACUUCCAUAAUGAGCUAUCUAAAUAAGUUAGAAACAAAUCACAGUUUUACACAUUCAGAGCCACUUUCUGCAAUUAAAAAUGAGGAAACUACAGAGCCAGAUAGACCCUAUGAAAAUACUCUGCCAUCCAAAGACCCUCAGUAUAGUAACACCAGGGUUGUGGAGGAGAUAGCGCCACCUGGAAUGAUUUCUACCCUUUCAAAACAGUGUUCUGAUGAGGAGAAUGAAGGUAUGACUUUAAUAGAAGGUGAAUAUAAUUUGGAUAAUACAAUUUACAUUCCUUUUGCUAGAAGGAUAGCUAAAAAGAAAUCACCGCUUUCUAAGAGAGUAUUUCCCGAGCCACAGAUAAGUGUAGUUUCAACACAGCAGGUCAGCAACAGUGACCUUGUUUCUGAGAAAGAAAAAUUAUGUGCACCUGUAGUUUCUUCUUUUAAAAAGGAAGCCGAAGAUGUACCUGAAAAACUUUUUAGAACAGCUGAUAUGGAAGACCAACAGCUUCUCAAGCAAAUAAAGGAAGCAAUUGGUAAGAUCCCUGCCACCACUGAGGAUCCAGAGGAACAGGCUACAUGUCAUGGCCCAUCAGUUUGUCACAGCAAGAGUAUUCAAAUGAAAGGCAAUACUGUCUGUGAUGGUAGUGUUUUAAAUUCUGACUUGAUGUCUGAUUGGAGCAUCUCUUCCUUUUCAACAUUUACUUCUCUUGAUGAACAAGACUUCAGAAAUGGACUUGCAGCAUUGGAUGCCAACAUAGCUAGACUUCAGAAGUCCUUAAAGACUGGUCUUCUGGAGAAAUGAAUUCAGAAGAAAAUUGAGAGCUAACUUCUCUUUAAGAAUAGAACUUAGCUGUGUUGAACAUAUAUACUGAAUUUCUUUAGAUAAAUAAUUGUUUAUAGUAUUAAUUAUGUGUGAAAUAAUUGAACAAUAAAUUAUUAUUGGAAUAAUAAUUGACAUUGUGGAGUUUAUACAAACAAGUCAUUUUAAGAAAUUGACAGUUAUUAAGAGAAGGAAGUUAUAGGUGAUUAGGAAAGUAUUUUGAAUAUUGUUUUAAUUUAGCAGUUAGAGUUCUUCUGUUAAUAUAUACCUGCUGGGUUAAGGAUAGAGGUAGAAAGGAUUCUCUGGUUGUACUAAAGGAUAUUAAGAGAGGUUCCUUGGGUACAAUUUGUUCUAUUUGAACUAGAAUUUGUUUUUUUCUGUUUCAAACUGUGUGUUUUUUGUUUGUUUUUUAAUGGCAUUGUGGUUUUAUAUGUGUUUUUAUAUCUGUAGACUAAUAUUAGUGAACUAAAUGGGAGGUCUUCAGAAAGUUUGUGGAAAACACAUGUUAUAAG